AAAUCAACAAUCUGUCAAAAAAGAUCAACAAAAAUCGCAAAGAAAAAAUUCUUUACGCUGUUAUUUCUCAGUUUUUAAUUCGUAAUUGUUAUUUGUGAUUCCCUAACGUUAAUCUAAGUUUCUAUAUUACGUAGCUAACAACAACAACUAACAGUUUAUGCUAUAAACUGUAAAUGCAGUUAAAAAGAAGUUUGCAUUUUGCUGUGGUGAACUCCCCGUAUUACUCAACGAAGCAAAAAAUGGAAGUGGAGUAACACACUCAAAAACCUAAGUAAGCUACAUCAUGUAUCAAAACCUUCUAGAUUUCGUCUGCGAUUACUGCAGUCGCGCGUUCACCAGGAAGUACAACUUGCAAACUCACAUCGAGAACUGUCACCUCUCAGCGUCCUGCCACUGCGAGAUAUGCAACCAGACUUUCGGCAGUCCAGCCGGACUACAGCUCCAUUUAUCUCGCGGCCACAACCGCUACGGCCAACCGUCCCCAGAAUGUGACAUCUGCGGAAACAUCUUCGCCCGAAAACAAAACAUAACAUCCCACAUGAUCACCGUACACCUCCAAAACACAAGCCAGGGGAUCCGCUGUGGGCUCUGCGAGAAAGUUUUCACUACAGAGUGGAAUUUGAAACGGCAUAUGAACCAAUUCCAUAACCCUGAUGUUCAGUAUCCUACAUGCAAUGAUUGUAAUCGGGUCUUCAAAGGGAAGCAUUCCCUGAUCGCCCAUAUUCAAGCGACGCAUAACAUCUCCGAAAAAGGGUCUAUAAAAUGCCAUUUAUGCGCUAAAGUGUACACUAACAACAGAAAUCUGAAACGACACAUCGAAAUGUACCAUGGCGAGAAAGGGGAAUUUCGUUGCGAUAUAUGCCCUAAAGUUUACACGUCUAACCAGAGCUUACGAAGGCACAUCCGUACUCGACAUUACACCACCGAUAAUGACGAAUACACGUGCGAGUUUUGCAACAAAGUUCUAUACGGUAAAGAGAACUUAGAAAGUCACACGUCCUUCUUCCACAAACAAGAUUCCAACUCUGUGGACUUCAGCGAUGUGGUUUCUAGCAAAUCGCACGAGUUCAUAUGUGUCUCCUGCUCGAAAACGUUUGAGGAAGAAUCUCAGUUGCGCAGGCAUGUCAAAAACGAACAUUCGUUCAAAGCUUUUUAUAAGUACUGCAAGAAGUCGCUACUGAAGCAAAUGAAUAAGUCUAAGAGCAAAAACAUUGUGUUUUAUAACUGCGAGUACUGCAACAACUCAUUUGGCAGCGUCUACGAAUUCAAAGACCAUAUGAGGAUCAAUCAUGACAAAGAAUAUUCUCUGUCCACGUGCAACGUCUGUUUCAAUAAGUUCUACAGCAAAGAAUCGAUGGUGAAUCACAAGAAGAUAUGUCUGCCGCCGGCGAACGUAAACCCUUGCAGCCACUGCGACAAGCUAUUCACAGAUAUAUCCAGCUUAGAGUUCCACACACGAAUCUUCCACCCACAAGCUCAAAUUGCUGAUUCAAAUAUCACAUCUACGAACAUAGAGGAUUCAACCGACAGCAAUUCGUAUAAAUGCAAGCAUUGCGACCGAAUUUAUUACAGCGACAGAUCGCUGAAGCAUCAUAUCAAGCUAAAACACACCACAGAUGAGGCAAUGGAGUGUGAAUACUGUGGAAAAAUAUGCAGCAACAAAUAUUAUUUAGCGUCGCAUAUAAAAAUCGUGCACAACAACGAUUCGUGGUCGAAAUGCGACUACUGCGAGAAACAAUUCAAAUCUAAAAGGAAUAUCCGCAGGCAUAUUGAGUACACGCAUCUCGGCAUGCAGAGGUACAAAUGCAUCGAGUGUGAGACGCUGUUUAAAGAGAAACGCAGUCUCAGGAAACACGUGCGAACCAAGCAUCCAAACUCGGUGACGUUUCCGCAGUGCCACAUUUGCUAUAAGAGGUUCGAAUCGGCCAAAUCGUGCAAGAUCCAUCUGAAACUGUUGCAUUCGUUCAACAUGAACACAUUUCCUUGUGAUUUGUGUUCAGUAUCGUUCAGUUCGAAAGAAGCGCUCACGAUUCAUUUGCAAACGAAGCACUUGGCCGAGGAUGAGAUUUACAAAUGUGAGGUCUGCAAUUUGGUGUUCAAAGGCCAAGAGAAGUUUGAGCAACAUAACGAGUUGUGCCACGUGAACGUCGUGCCUAAUAUGAAGGAAAAGAUCCUGCCACGUUGCAUUAUCUGCAUAAAAGACUUCAGCACUAGAAAGACUCUGAAAAGACACAUUAAGAAGUUCCACGACGAAUUCGACGUCGACGAACUUGCUACUUUUGGUUCUCGACGUCGAAUUUUUAAUGUAGACUGCGAAGAAUGUAUAAAAAAGUUCAACGACGAUCAGCACUUUAAUCUGUAUCAGAAGUUGAAGCAUUCGAAAGAGUCUGUUAUAUUUAAAUGCGAAUCUUGUCUGGCUUCAUAUAACUCGUUGGAGUAUUACAUCCAAAGGUAUAAACUGGUCAAUGAUGACGCUGGAAAGGGUAAAAUGAUUCUCAGUGAGCUGUGCACCACAGAAAUGAGCGAUGAUGAAACGUCUUUCGCGGGCUUUGGGUCUUUGCAUGAAAUAAUGGAACCGGAAAGUACGACAAGUGAUAUCAAGGAAGAAAUUGUAGAUGAAGAAAUGUUUGUAAAGACUGAACCGGUGUCUCCUUAGAAUUUAUACGUUGCGGAGCUAGGUAAAGUCCGGUCGCCGAGCAUUUAGAAUUUCGUCCAAUGACAAGCUACCCAUCCUUAUCGCUCGCGUGUAAUUAUAAUGAUCUCGCACUCU